AUGUUGAACGGUGUGAGUAAAGCCCAAUUGAAACGCUUCAUAAAGAGGCUGCUUUUCAUGGCAUCGCUUGCUCUUCUCACUACUAUGGGCGUAAAUUCCUUCGUAGUUGGUGUGUGGUUAAUCCUUGAUAGAACCGAUUUCCAGGAUCUGAUUCCGUCUUCCUUUUCUGUUGCCUCUACGGCUGCAAUGUGUUGUACGACAGGUGUCGCUGUAUGUGUCGUAUCUGUUGUUGGGUGGAUCAGUGUUAGAACGUGUAAUCGUAAUCUUCUGAAUACGUUCGCUGCUUUCACCUUUCUUCUGAUCGUCGUUCAAGUUUCCACUUGUAUUCUUGGUAUCGCUUACAAGUAUUCUACACACGAUCGUGUACGACGCGACUUAUUGACAAAUAUUAAUCGCACGUCUUUGGUUACUGGAGAACAUGCAUACGAUUUGAGUGUAUCGUGGGAUAGGAUACAGAAGUCGGGUUGCUUCGAAGUGUUUGCGGACUGGCUAUAUCAUCACGUCUCAGUUAUGAAUUGGGCUUCGUUUUCACUACUCAUCACUGAGGUAAUAUGUUUUUUUAUCGCUGUUGAUUUGUACAAAUCGAAAUCAUUUUUUGCAGUAUCAUCGAGAGAAAGUGCUAGUUGUGAUGACUAUCAACGCUGUUUGGUGGAAAUGAGUGUGAUGGAUGGAGGCUAUCCUCAUCAUUCUGAGUCUAUGGAAAGUUUUAUUGGUACUGGUCGAGAUGCUUUGGACAGCAGCUUUUGA